AUGUUCCUCCUACCCUUCAUCUUCGCGGGCUGCUUCAUGCUCACCGUUCUAAACCCGCGCUAUGCCACAACUCUCCUUUCACAGGCUAUCCCUCAGACCGGGCUCCUUGGCAGCGUACUAUCCCCUGUGAUUGGCUUACUAUCUGGUUCUCAAUCUGUACUGUCUAUCUGGCGACCUCUGUCUUUGCCGUCGUCUUCAUAUGCCUCGGAGACCAUCACUCUCGGUCGCCACCAACGCCGCCCAGCAAGCACCCCCGGAAUUUGCGGCUCUGUAGAUGGCUCCUUCAGGCCUAUGGCUCAUGACAACGCUUGUUUCGAUGAACAGUAUGACGCUCCCGUGGCAAGCACGGAGGGACUGGAACUGGUCGUGCUUUUCCUCUUGCUGUGUCUUCUCUGGGGUGCAUGCUCCUCCUUCGUUGAACGAUUCCGAGUGCCCAAGCCUCUGUCGACCGCGACGAGCGUUGUAGAGGACAUCCUUGCCCAGCCUGGACCCCAAGCCCUCAUAGCCAGCAACUCAGUCGAAUUUGGCGACCUCGAUGAAGUGGAAGAAGACAGCGGACCGAUCCCCGCACAGCUGCAUUUUGUCACCCCUGACGGUGACGACCUUGCCCACGGGUCGCCUUUCGUCCUCAACACGCGUACUUCUACCGAAGGCAUCUUGGCUGUUCCCUUGCGGGUUUGCUCUUCGCCGACGAGUCUGAAAGGCGGCAGUCUCUACGCGCUGGAGGAACGCUCAGCGGACACGUUGUCCGCUCCAUCGUCCCCAGAGAUAUCUUCCCAGAAUGAUGAACUAGCCUCGGGAAUGGCGCAGGGAAUAGCGAGAAUUAUGGCACAGUUUGGACGCAUCCCACCCGCACCAAUGCAGCAGAGCGCUCUGAGCCUAGACAGCCUUACGCUUGGACCCGACACAUCUAUCUCCGAUGCAGACACCCCAACUCCAGACGUCGGCGACUCCAGCCCUGAGGACAUGAGCCGUCCCUUUAUGCUACCUGAUCGCCCUGCCGUGGCCGACGAAGAUCUCAACGCUCGCGCACCGCCUCGCGCACGCAGCCAUUCCUAUUGCAAUUCUCUUUCGCCUUUGCUUGAGGAGGCAGCCAUGUUCACAGUCGUGAAAUCAGCGAGUACAAAGGGACUUAACCUCAGGAAAAGUGCAUCUGCCGAAUUUCCGGCCUCAAACUCGGGGCCUUCGCGUGCCUUCAUCGUCGAAAUCGAGGAGCCGGCACAACCACACCCAGCGGGUCCCACACCAGCCGCCGUAGAGUCAGCGUCGACUUUUGCGGCGCAACUACCUCAGCGCCACCAACGUCCCGCGAAACCACCGGUCACUGUCUGGCCCCGCGUACCACUUGAAGCCCGGAGAUCGAGGAUGCCCAGCUCUCAGCCUAUCCGCAUGACGACGGAAGAGACCAGCACGAGCUCCUGGGACCAGCCACGCAGGUCACGCACGGUCACUGGCGUAUGA